AUGGAGGACAAACGUGAACUCUUCAAGCAGCCAUUGCACUCGAUCUACAUCCCCUGCGGGCUCAUUAUUGCAGGCACCCUUCUUUUCGGGCUCGAGUACUUGCCUUACAGUUUGACGUUCAUCGUUGGAGUGUGCUCGUUUAAGUACUACGAGGCCUACCAAAGAAGGUCGCUGAUCCACAAGACGCAAUGGAGGGACCUUGAGUUGAUAGACAAGACGCUUAUCAACAGAAACACCCUGAUUUUCCGGUUCAAGUUGAACCGCGAGGAUGAGGUGUUGGACAUUCCCACUGGCCACCAUGUUGCAUGUUGUUUCACCAUCAACGGGAAGGACGAGAUCCGGUUCUACUCGCCCAUCCUGAACCAGUUCGACGCAGGCUUCUUUGACAUUUUGGUCAAGCACUACGAGAACGGUGUUGUGUCCAGAAAGUUGGCCGAGUUGAGGGAGGGCCAGACCGUCAAGUUCCGCGGUCCCUUCGGUACGUUGGACUACGUGCCCAACAUGGCCAAGAAGCUCGCGUUGGUGGCUGGUGGCUCGGGUAUCACCCCCAUCUUGCAAGUCAUCACCGACAUCAUCACCAACCCAGAAGACAACACUUCCAUCUCGUUGAUCUUCGCUAACGAGUCCGAGAAGGACAUCUUGUUGAAGAGCGAGAUUGACGAGAUUGCCAAGAAGUACCCAGACUUCGAGGUCAACUACACCGUCACCAACGCCCCCGAAAACUGGACGGGUAGCACCGGGUACGUCACCAAGGAAAUGAUGCAAAAGUACUUGCCUGAAGCGUCGCCAGAAAACCGCAUGUUCAUCUGUGGACCUCCUGGUUUGAAGAGCUUGGCCGUGGGCCUCUCUGAAGAGCUUGGCUGGGAGAAGGACAAUGUGUUCUGCUUCUAG